AUGAAAAGAAAAUCAAGAACCCCAGAAGCCUCAAAGAGAGGGAGAAGAAAACCAACCCUCCAGCCAACCCUCCAGCCAACCCCCCACCAAUCCCCCACCAACCCCCCAGCCAACCCUCCAGCCAACUCUCUAGCCAACUCCCCCACCAACCCUCCAGCCAACCCCUCCACCAACCCUCCAGCCAACCCCUCCACCAACCCUCCAGCCAACCCCUCCACCAACCCUCCAGCCAACCCCCCCACCAACCCUCCAGCCAACCCCCCCACCAACCCUCCAGCCAACUCUCUAGCCAACUCCCCAGCCAACCCUCCCGCCAACCCUCCCGCCAACCCUCCCGCCAACCCUCCCGCCAACCCUCCCGCCAACCCUCCCGCCAACCCUCCCGCCAACCCUCCCGCCAACCCUCCCGCCAACCCUCCCGCCAACCCUCCCGCCAACCCUCCCGCCAACCCUCCCGCCAACCCUCCCGCCAACCCCCCCGCCAACCCCCCAGCCAACUUCCCCGCCAACUCCCCCCACCAACCCUUCAGCCGACUCCCCCGCCAACCCCCCCCGCCAAAUCCCCAGCCAACUACCCAGCCACCCCCUAGCCACCUACCGCCACCCCCACUCAAUCACCCAGACAACUACACUCAACCGCACCCAACAAGCCACACCCACCCAGCCACGCCCAACUACCCACCCCUAACCAGCCAGCCUAUCCUAAUCACAUCCUACUACUUGGGUGUGGUUGGGUUGCUAGGUGGUUACCCACUCAUCACACCCAGCUACCCAGCUACACCCAACCACCCAGCUACACCCCAGCUACCCCCACCCCCCACUGAACUACUCAGCCCACCCAGCCAACCACCCAGCCAACCACCCAGCCACACCCAAAUACCCACCCAACCACCCACCACCCAUCCAAUCAACCACACCCAGCCACCCAUCCAACCAACCACACCCAGCCCCCACCCAACCAACCACACCCAGCCCCCACCCAACCAACCACACCCAGCCCCCCACCCAACCAACCACACCCAGCCCCCCACCCAACCAACCACACCCAGCCCCCCACCCAACCAACCACACCCAGCCCCCACCCAACCACACCCACCCACCAACCACACCCAGCCCCCCACCCAACCAACCACACCCAGCCCCCCACCCAACCAACCACACCCAGCCCCCCACCCAACCAACCACACCCACCCACCCAACCACACCCAACUACCCACUCAGCUAGUCACCCAGCUACCCACCCUAACACCUAUUCCCACCUACCCCACCGCCCAACCACACCCAACUACACCCAACCAGCCACCCAGCUACCCCACCAACUACCCCCACUCACCCACCCUAUCACCUAUUCCCACCUACCCCAUCGCCCAGCCACACCCAACUACACCCAACUACACCCAGCAACACCCAACUACCUAA